CCCAAACGCGCCCUGUUCUCUCUCAACGUCGAUUCACAAGCCGACCACAUCUACCAACGCAUCAAGGACCACUCCAAACCGGGCGAGAAGACGAGGGUCAUUGAAACUACAGGACCAACUGUCGGCCACACAGACCUCCAGUACCUCAGCAAACCGUUCGAAAAUCUCGUCAACCGCACCGUGCAAGGCGUCGAAGAAGAAACCGGCAAGAAACUCCACAGCGCAGAGAGAGAACUCACAUACUCCUCCCAACGCAGCACCGCGGGAACAAGCUCCAAACACACCGUGAAAGACUCGACC